AUGGAUUUACGACAACGCAUUAUUGCCAACUCACGAAGAGCUCUCAAGGUAUCGCUAGAAGAAGCCAAUCACCCGAAGCAACUGGCGGUGGACUAUGAAGACGGAACUCAAGAGGUCCUAUAUGGCCCUCGCUACGGAUCCCCACCAAGAAGUCCUACCUCGUCAGUAUCAUCCGCAACAACCUCGAGCUCCUCAUGCUUGAGCCACCGCACGAGUGGCUCCGGGUCCCUCCUUCCCAUUUUCUCCCAGCUCGGAUACACCAAUGCGAUCCUUCCAUUGGACAUCUUGAACAUCAUCAUCACUCGGGAGCUCGAUGGUGACUUGCCAACCCUCAAGUCGUUGUCCCUGGCGUGCCGGUACUUCUGCCAGAAAACCCGCCCAUUGAUCUUCCGACGAAUCAGCCUCUCGCUGCAUCGAGUGGCUCACAAAAUCCCAGGGCACUAUCUCAUGGAUCUUUUCACCGCAUCUCGCCAUCUCCUCCCCCAUAUCCAGCAUGUCGUCCUUGGCAGCCUCUUCGAGGAGGACGCAUACUGCCGGAGGGACGACGAUCCGAUGGACUUCGAUGCCCUUCGCGUCCUUCUCAACCUACAACACCUCACCAAGGUCACUGUGCUAGGCUCAUGUAAUCGGUCGUGGUCGAAGGUGCCGAGAAACAUUCAGAAGGCGAUCAGGACAUGUCUGCGCGGCAAACAUAUCUCGCAGGUCGAGGUGCAUGCCAUGUCAGAUUUUCCUGUGUACUUGCUCGAGGGCUGUCGGUCCCUCAAGCAUUUCUCGCUGACUGGGUCUCCAUCGGUCAUGACCUUCAUGGUCGCCCAAGACAGCCCCUCGCCAAUCCAUCUGGAGCGCCUCACUCUGCGUUGCUCGUCGACCAGCCUAGCGGAAAUGAGUGAAUGGCUGCUCUCUGACCAAUGCAGCCUCGACAUCAGCCGUCUCAAGUCGCUGGAGGUCCAGACGAGUGGAUCAUUCACUUUCCACCGACAUCAAGACGCACUGGCCCAGAUUCUCCCUCGGUGUCGGAACACGCUUGAAGAGCUGCAUUUGGAUGUCUUCUCAGCAGGUCAUCAGUACGAUAUUCAUGCUCCCUCCACCUCUGGUGCCCCAGUCACUAUCGUGGGGGACGACGCCUUCGAGGAGUGGGAAAACGAGAAUGUCCCGACAAUCCUCGAGACGUACGAACGUUUGGACAUUGGCCAGCUCAGAGCACUUCGACGGUUAUCCCUUCGAUUCGGUCUCCGGGACAUCAGGGAUCCCAAGCGACACAUUACCCUGCUUUCAGGGAUGCUCAAAAAUGCCACGAACCUGAACCGUUUGGAAGACGUCACCAUCUAUCUCCUGUCCCUCGACAAGCCAGACAUGAACAACAUCGUCCAAACCGCCUCGUCUUCUGGCUCAUGGGAGACACUGGAUUGCGCCUUGACGGGUGAAUCGUUGGAUCCCGCCAAACAUCGUGUGGCUCUCGGUCCUGCCCGCAAGGAUCAGAGUCCUCACGGCAGCCACGGACUUUGCGCCAACUCUCGCCGUCACUCCACUCCGCCCACCAGGCCUUUGAAUCGUCUACGAAGUGUCAAGCUUCAACUUGCCGAUAUCACCAAAGCUGAUGGGGCCCGUUUGAUGGAGAUUUGCCUUCCAAGAUUAUGGAAGAAGGGUGUUGUGCAUGUUUUGGACAAGCACGCGAACACAUUCUACUUGAUUUCAUGA